UCACAUGACUAGCAACAUGUAAACAGCAGCGGUGAGCUGCGCGUUCAGAGCUAGCGCUAAUGCUAACCCCGCAGUCCGGCUGAGGAGCCGCGGUGCAGUUAUGAAUACAGUGUAUUUUAUUAAUUCAGUUAAUCAAGAGUAAAAUAAAGCGCUAUUCUCCUCAGCAGAGCUAAAAUUGGGGCCGCUGGUCGCGCUGUCACGCGGUAGAUUAGCAGGCUAACCUAUGCUAAGCUAAGAUAGCGCUCCAGUAGCAGCAGCAGGGCGGGCGGGCUGAGCCGCGGUGCGGGGUAAUGGAUUCUGCCCUCGGAGGAGAUUAAAAUGGGAGCAGGAGCUUCACUGUCGCUCUGUCAAAGUCAGUCAUCAGUGAGGGUUCUGAAGCACAGUGCUCGUGUGGAGCCAGAGCCCCAGGCCCCAGAUCCAGACCCCAGGGCAGUAUUCGGUAUCCCUCUGUCAAAGCUAAGGGAGGCAGGGAAGCUGCAGCAUGGGGUACCAGUAGUGCUGAAAAACAUGGUGGAGUUUCUGGAAAAGAACGCCUGUCGUCUGUGUGUGUGUGUGUGUGUCCACGUGUCCCUAGGUCUUCAGCAGAGUGGUGUGUUCAGAGUGUGUGGAUCAGCCCCGCGCUGCAAGCUGCUGAGGUUGAGUUUGGACCGCGGAGAACCUUUGGAUCUGGUGAGAGGAGACGUUCCGACUGUGGCCGCUCUGCUAAAACUCUUUCUGAGGGAACUGCCCUGUGGACUAAUACCAAACACACACAGCAAGUGCAUGCAGCAGGCACUCACAGACCAUAAAGGCCGGGCGGAGCUGUUUGAGGCACUGAAAGAAACCCUGAAUCGUCUCCCUGAUGACAAUUACAACAUCCUGUCGUACCUCCUGCACUUCCUGUCCAGAGUGGCCGCCCACAGCCAGUGGAAUCACAUGACCUCAGAAAACUUGGCCACAGUGUUUGGGCCGUGCAUUUUCCGAGUCCCUGAGGGCCCCAAGAUGCUGGAGGAACAGACGGUCUGCAAUACCCUCACUCUGUAUCUGUUGGAGAAACACAAACACCUGAUGCCAAAUACACACAGCGGGGACCUCACACUGCCACCUCCUCCUAUAGCAGAUAUGGCACAGCUACACCAGGUCCAGUCUUGUAAUCUGGGCGCUGUGUGUGACAGUAGCACGGAUACAAGCCAACCUACUGAUCACAGCAAGGACACAGACAUGAAAGCUGACCUACUGACUGCAGUACAGACCCAAGCACUGAACAGCAGCAAUCACACACUCCCCUCCAACUCAGAUGAAUCAGAGGCGGAGAAAAGGACACAAGAAGAGGAGAGACAGACUGAAGAAGAGCCGCCAUCUCCAAACCACAACAACAACAACAAACACUCACACACCCCGUACAGCAACACACACUCACAGAGUGGCGGUACACAUUUAAAAGAGCAAACCAGCAACACUACACACUCUAGGACCAAAACAAAAUACACCCGGAGCCACACAUACACUCCAAACCGGGAUACACACACCAAAACCAGCGACACACUUCCAGAGACCAUUACCUCACACAGUCAGAGCAACAACACACACACCCUAUACAGCAGCACAGAUUCCCAGAGCAGCGGUGGCACACACUCAGACACCAGCAACAGGACUGGACACACACACCCCAAGACCAGAGUGAAAUACACCCGGAGCCACACAUACACUCCAAACAGGAGUUCACACACCAAAACCACCUGCCACACACACUCCACAUCCAGCCACACACUCCCAGAGACCAGCAGCUCACACAGGCAGAGCCAGCACACACACUGCACAUCCAGCAACACACUCCCAGAGACCAGCAGCUCACACAGGCCGAGCCACCACACACACUCCACAGAGUCCAGUCACACACUCCCAGAGACCAGCAGCUCACACAAGCAGAGCCACCACACACACUCCACAGAGUCCAGCCACACACUCCCAGAUACCAGCAGCUCACACAAGCAGAGCCACCACACACACUCCACAGAGUCCAGCCACACACUCCCAGAUACCAGCAGCUCACACAAGCAGAGCCACCACACACACUCCACAGAGUCCAGCCACACACUCCCAGAUACCAGCAGCUCACACAAGCAGAGCCACCACACACACUCCACAGAGUCCAGCCACACACUCCCAGAUACCAGCAGCUCACACAAGCAGAGCCACCACACACACUCCACAGAGUCCAGCCACACACUCCCAGAGACCAGCAGCUCACACAGGCAGAGCCAGCACACACACUGCACAUCCAGCAACACACUCCCAGAGACCAGCAGCUCACACAGGCAGAGCCACCACACACACUCCACAGAGUCCAGCCACACACUCCCAGAGACCAGCAGCUCACACAGGCAGAGCCACCACAUACACUCCACAGAGUCCAGCAACACUCAAAAUGUAGACACACAGGAAAAAGGAGCCAGCCCACCAUCCGGCAGUGAACAGCCCACCUGUGACAGCAGGGCUCCUAUUUGGAGGCCUGUGGGUGCACUUCCCUCUCCUCACGCUCCAAUCUUAAGUCAGAAUCAGCACUUAAGCAGCGAGCAAGGCUCUGUCUCCUCCAGCCAGUCACAAGUUAUGUCUGACUGUAUUAGCAGUAAGAAUAGUGCAGAAGAUUCCACUGAGCCGUCCGUCUCUCUGCUGCAGCGCCGUAUUCACAACCUCAAACAAGCAGUCAGGGGCUUGGAUAACUCUUUCCAGUACACUCAGUACUACAAGGCUGGACGUAAUGAUAAGGUGGCUGAUCCUAGAGUGGCGAGUCUAAUGAUUGACCUGGAUAAAGCCCGUAAGCAGCUUACAGACCUACAAUCGAGGCAGUGUGUGGACGGAUCAGUAAAGCUCUGCAGUUCUUCUACUGUCCAGCAGGGGGUCAGCGUGACUAAACCUGCACUGGAGGACACAGUGAAAACACUAACGCAACACCUGAAAGAAAAACGACUGGAACUUAACCUGCCAGAGCGUUUACAGGACAUGUCUUUGGAUCAGCUGGCUCUGGAGAAGAUGACGCUGCAGAAGAGUCUGCUUUACUACGAGAGUCUUCAUGGCAGACCGAGAUCAAAAGAGGAGAGGAGUGUGAUGAGAGAUCUGUACGAUCGCUAUCAUUUGGUAAAGCAGGCGUUCUACUCAUCAAACAGACAGACCAAUACGAUGAGUGGGGAUAAGGGCUUGGAUAAAUUGAUCCAGCAGACACUUUGUAGCACUUUGCCGACACAAGAGGCCAGUAAUCCUGCCUUCAUCUCGCAGCUGGAGGAGAUCAAACUGACAACAGCUCAGACAAACAACACACACUCCAUCAACAGGGCUGAGAUACUAAUGCAACUGAAAGAAACCAGGGUAGAGAAGAGACGGCAGAGGAAGAUUCUGAAAGAGUUUGAGGAGACGGUUCUCUUGAAGACUGGCAAGAGCGCACAGAGAGAGGACCGGGUUCCCAUGGCGGCGGAAUACGACCGCUACGAAACUCUGAAAGCCAGGCUAAAGUUGCUGAAAAGGAUGCUGGGACAGACACACACUGUGAAAGCAGCCGGGUGAGCGAGGCUUUAGCCCCUGCCGUGCUGAAGACUGGAGCGUAUUUGUUAACGGACUGUAAUUUUGUAAUUUUGAGAGAUACAGUUUGUUGUCUGUGCAGCGCUGAAAUAUGAAAUCGUUUAUAAUUAUUUAUGAAAAAUGUUAUCAGUGGCAAAUAUGCAAUCACGUUGUUUAAAAAAAAAAUGAAAAAGAGUACUUUUGUAUAAAUUAUUUUGUAUUACCAAAGGCUAAA